UCUUGCCCGUAGUAGGAUUCGUAACUUCUCUCGGCGAAGAUGGCGGCGUGUAGACGUGUGCAGCGACUGCUGCUGUUCAUGUUCAUCUGCGGCUGGGUUGGUUCUGCUCAUGGAUUCAAUUCGGACAAAGAUAAAGACGCAGAUAAUUCCGAAAGAGGCAAAAAUGCAGCGGUAGAGGGGAAAGCGUCGGCGCUGGAUGGGGCCUCGGCGCGGCGCAGCGGCGGCUGGAAGCUCGCGGAGGAGGCGGCCUGUCGGGAGGACGUGAGCCGGAUCUGCCCCAAACACUCCUGGAACAACAACCUGGCCGUGCUCGAGUGCCUGCAGGACCGAAAAGACGAGACUGAAAUCGCUGCAGACUGCAAUCACCUGCUGUGGAACUAUAAGUACAAUCUGACGACCGAUCCGAAGUUCGAGUCUGUGGCCGUCGAGGUGUGCAAGAGCACCAUCAGUGGGAUUAAGGAGUGUGCUGCUGAGGAGCGUGGGAAGGGUUACCUGGUGUCCUGUUUAGUAGAACACCACACAAACAUCUCUGAGUACCAGUGUAACCAGUACAUCACCAAGAUGACCCGCAUCAUCUUCAGUGAUUACCGGCUGAUCUGCGGCUUCAUGGACCAGUGCAAGGAAGACAUCAACAAUCUGCACUGUGGAAGCAUCAACACCGGAGAGAAGGACCUCCACUCUCAGGGCGAGGCGAUCGCGUGUCUGGAGAAAGCUCUGGUGUCUGAAGCCGAGGAGCAGCAGGGGCAGUACACCAUCAAAGAGGGGUGUAAGAAAGCCAUCAUGCGUGUGGCAGAGCUCUCCUCCGACGACUUCCACCUCGACCGUAAUCUCUACUUAGCCUGUCGGGAAGACCGCGAGCGCUUCUGUGAAAACACUCCAGCAGGAGAAGGGAAGGUCUACAAAUGUCUGUUCCACCACAAGUUUGAGGAGAGCAUGUCGGACAAAUGCAAGGACGCUCUCUCCACUCGUCAGAAGCUGAUUGCUCAGGACUACAAGGUCAGCUACUCGCUGGCUAAAGCCUGCAAACCAGACCUGCGUAAAUACCACUGCAACAUGGACACGGCCAUGCCUCGCGGAAAAGAGGCCAAGCUCUCGUACCUGCUGCUGUGUCUGGAAGCAGCCGUGCACCGAGGUCAAACCGUGAGCGGUGAGUGUCAGGGAGAGAUGCUGGACUACAGGCGCAUGCUGAUGGAAGAUUACUCGCUCAGUCCCGAGAUCGUGCUGCAGUGCAGAGGAGAGAUCGACACGCACUGCUCCGGCCUGCACCACAAGGGGCGAACCCUGCACUGCCUAAUGAGGGUGUCCCGGGACAAGGGCGUCUUGGAUGGACCAUGCCAGAAAGCUCUCCAGACACUGAUACAGGAAACAGACCCCGGGGCCGACUAUCGCAUCGAUCGCGCUCUGAACGAGGCGUGCGAGUCCGUCAUCCAGACUGCCUGCAAACACAUCCGAAACGGAGACCCCAUGAUCCUGUCUUGUCUGAUGGAGCAUCUGUACACUGAUAAGAUGGUUGAAGACUGUGAACACCGAUUGCUAGAGCUGCAGUACUUCAUCUCCAGAGACUGGAAACUGGACCCUAUCCUGUACAAGAAGUGUCAGAACGACGCGGCCCGCAUCUGUCACACUCACGGCUGGAACGAGACCAGCGAGGCAAUGCCCGCCGGAGCCAUUUUCUCCUGUCUGUACCGGCACGCUUACCGCACCGAGGUGCAGGGACGACGGGGAUCAUCAGAAACUUCUGAUGUAAGUUUGGACGAGAGCUCGAAUUUAUCUCGCGACUGUAAGACGGAGGUUCAGCGGAUCCUGCACCAGAGGGCUCUGGAUGUGAAACUGGAUCCGGACCUACAGCAGCGAUGCAUGACGGACCUCGGGAAGUGGUGCAGUGAGAAGACUGAUGCGGGACAGGAGUUGGAGUGCUUACAGGAUCAUUUAGAAGAUCUGAUCCCUAACUGCAGGGAUGUGGUGGGAAACCUCACAGAAUUGGAGUCCGAGGACAUUCAGAUUGAGGCGUUGUUGAUUCGUGCCUGUGAGCCCAUGAUCCAGUCCUACUGUCAUGAUUUGGCUGAUAAUCAGAUCGACACAGGGGACCUGAUGGAGUGCCUCGUUGCCAAUAAGCACCAGAAGGAAAUGAACGAGAAAUGUGCUGUCGGAGUCACACACUUCCAGCUGAUCCAGAUGAAGGACUUUCGCUUCUCGUACAAGUUCAAGAUGGCGUGCAAAGAGGACGUGCUCAAACUGUGCCCCAACAUCAAAAAGAAGGUGGAUGUGGUGAUCUGUCUGAGUACCACGGUAAGAAACGACACUUUACAGGAAGGCAGAGAGCAGCGCGUGUCCGUGAAGUGUCGUAAACAGCUCCGAGUGGAAGAACUGGAGAUGUCUGAGGACAUUCGUCUGGAGCCGGAUCUGUAUGAGAACUGUAGGCAGGACAUCAAGCAGCACUGUCAGAACGUGGUGUUUGGAAACGCUCAGGUGAUCGAGUGUCUGAAGGAAAACAAGAAGCGGCUGACCCAGCACUGCCAUCAGAAAGUCUUCAAACUGCAGGAGACGGAAAUGAUGGACCCAGAACUCGACUUCCAGCUCAUGAGAGUCUGCAAGCAGAUGAUCAGGCGUUUCUGCAGCGAGUCAGAUGCAAAGAACAUGUUACAGUGUCUCAAACAAAACAAGAACAGCGAGCUGAUGGACCCGAAAUGCAAACAGAUGAUUACUAAGAGACAGAUCACCCAGAACACAGACUAUCGUCUGAACCCUGUGCUGAGGAAGGCUUGCAAAGCGGACAUCCCGAAGUUUUGCCAGAGCAUUCUGAACAAUGCCAAAGACGACAACGAGCUGGAGGGGCAGGUCAUCUCCUGCCUCAAACUCAAAUACGCAGACCAGCGUCUCUCUCAAGACUGCGAGGGCCAGAUCAGUGUCAUUCUGCAGGAGUCCGCGCUGGACUACAGGCUCGACCCGCAGCUGCAGCUCCAGUGCACCGAUGAGAUCCCGCGGCUCUGUGCGGAGGAAGUAGCUGCGCAGGAGCAGACGGGUCAGGUUGAGGAGUGUCUGAAACUCAACCUGCUGAAGAUCAGCCAUGAAGGCUGCAAAAAGGAGGUUCUUAACAUACUGAAGGAGAGCAAGGCGGACAUCUUUGUGGAUCCAGUUCUGCACACGGCAUGUGCGCUGGACAUCAAGCACCAGUGUGCUGCGAUCCCACCGGGCCGAGGAAGACAAAUGUCCUGUCUGAUGGAGGCUCUCCAGGAUAAGCGUGUGAGGCUCCAGCCGGAGUGUAAGAAGAGAUUACAGGACCGCAUUGACAUGUGGAGUUACGCCGCGAAGGUGGCUCCGGCAGGAGGGUUCUCGGAUCUGGCCGGGCAGGUUUUAACGUCUCCUGCCAAGUCCUACAUCCUGAGCAUGCUGGCGAUGUGCGUGAUCCUGCUGUUCCUCAUGGGUCUGUUUUGCGGCCGCAUCACCAAGCGUGUGACGCAGGAGUUGAAGGACAGGUAGAGAGGGGGGGUGCAGGGCAGGGGCAGUCCAUUGGUCUCCCCCUGCAGGGCAAACAGCCCAUCGCGCCCCACACGCCGUUCUCCGUCCUGGGCCGGGGAAGGACACUGGGGUUGGAAACGCAAACUUGACGGAGGGGGGGAGGGUGUUCAGACUUUUGCUGUGUGUGCAUUUCGUGGUACCACCGACGGCCACAUUGGGACCCAGUUUUAAUUGCUACACACACACACACACACACUAUUUUUAUUUCUGUUUUUCCCUGACUGUGCUUGUCCUCAAACCUGCCUGCUGCGCACCCGACAUCCCGGCGCGCCAGAUGACACCAAUCCGCUUUCUCCAACUAAUAUCUCAAAGACUCGGCUUGCUUUCCAGCUACAUGUUUUAAUUUAUUGUUGAUGUUUUGGCGUGUAGGAGGUUUGGCUUUCGUUUUGCUUUCGUUUGCGGGGAUGGUGUCGCAAUCUUUGGCGUCCGUGUUUUAGGAAACAGCCAGUUGCUGACGAUGUGCAUAUUGACAAAGUUCGAGCGUUUGAACGAAUGUGUGUCUGUGCCUUUUUGCCCGUCCGAGUGAGAGGAUUUGUGUUUCAGAUUUGUUUGGUUUUAUCAUGGGGCUUCUUGAUGUUUUUCUUCAUGUCACUGGGUACAUCUUUCUUUGCAAAAAGGGGUUAUAAAUGUUUUCUAUCUUUCAUUUGGCUGGCUGAUUUUGUUAAGGGAGAAAGUCUCACUUGUCGCUGCCCGAUGCUGGUCUUAACUGAGCCACAAGACUUCGAAAUUGGAUGAUAAAAAUCUGAAUAUUGCAAAUCUAAGGGCGACUUGAUUCUGGACUACGAGUCUGUAUUGACUCAGUUUAUGACGGCUGUGGUGUCUUCUGAGCUUUGAAGGAGUCGUUCGAUUCAUGUUUUCAUAGUGCCAUGUUAACAAACCAUUCUGUUAGCUUAAACCAUCCAUACAGAGAGUCAAAUGUGAGCCGAAUUCACGUUUUUGACGAUUCGCCCACAUCAGAGACAUCAUUUUAUCGCACGGUUAUGCUCUGAAUUGCUCGUAUAUCAUUAGGUUUCCAGACAUCCUUCGGACGGUUUUAGGGGAAUUAUCGGUUUUAAACACUCCGUGUUUCGUACACCUUUUUGAAAUAAGCUUCGUUCACAAGCGGGUCCAUCUCUUUUGUGGUUUUAAAACAUUUUAAGCUCCGUGACGUCCAUAAGCGCCACAGUUUCCACCAUUUCUUGGUUUCAGUUUUCUUCGAUUGAGUUGUGAUGCAUUAAGAACCGUCACUGUUGAGUUUUUCUCGUAAUUGUGGACUAAGUUGCUGUUUGACUGGGUUUGUAGCUUCUUAAUAAUUUACGCCGAAGGCUUUAAUGCAUAAACCCCCAUUCACAUUAAAUUUCGCUCUCUUGAGUGACCGUAUAUUAAAAGUGUAAUAGAGCUGUAAUGUUACAGUCCCUGUGCAUCAUCAUUAAUUUGGCUUUUGUAUUAUUGUUGUUUUUAUGCUUUUGUACAAAAUGACAUUAAAGUGGACUUUGUUUCUAGUGUUUGUGCAUUCAAGCUGUGCUUUAAUAAUCUGAAUUAAUGUCAUAAUGCUGUUGGAAUCCAUUCAUACUGUAAAUAGCUGUAUCAUUUUAAUAGAGGAUUGUGGGUAAUACGAACUCUGCCUUAACUUCGGCAUUUAUCUUUUAUUUUUUUGCAGAAAACUUGGUCACCCAUGGGUCGCACCCUUAAACAAGAACAGGAAAUUAUAACAAAAAUGGACACUUAUUCAAAUCAAAUCACACAGCUUGUGCUUUAAUAUGCUUCAGCAUGCGUUUUUGCUUUAUUAUUUUCAGGCCAUGAUGUUGAAUGUAUCCAUGUUGGGGAAUUCUCGCACUAAUGGCUUUUUAGCUUCAUGUGCUUUUCAGAUGAAGAAACUGCGUUUUCUACGUCUUCAUUCAAAGCGAUUUAAACCAGUACAGCUCUUCGCUCAACUUCCUAAUUCUGAAAAUAAAAAAAUAAGCUCCUUCAUCUACCUGUAAAUCAUUUCAUUCAACAGUCAUUGAUCUAUUUUGAUGCUUUGAAGGAGGUGUAUAAUUGGUAUAUAUUGAUACAAAUCACUUAAACUGUGGUGUUUGUAUAUAUUCGUAUCAUAUUUCAUUCACCGGGUCUGACGAGUUGGAAACCGUUGUGUGUGUGGGCUAGAAUAGAAAUGAAUGGCUUGGUAUCUGGAGAUCUAGUGUUGGUUGCCAACAUUACACUUAAUUUAUAAAUGCGUGUUGGGUUCAUAUUUCCUAAAAUACCUUUAAAAUGAAUUAAAAUAAAUCAUUAAAAUAGGCAAAAAAAUUAUACUUUGAUCUGACCAAGCCAAUCAAAAUUAAUUGAAAUUAUUAUAUUUUGGGGGGGGUGUUUGUGUAUCUGAACAAGCCAGUCAAAAUUAGAUUUGUAUUAAGUUUUUAUUAUUAUUAUUGGCAUGGUCAGGUAAAUAUAGUAAAGUUUUUUUUUUUUUUUUUUGAAGUUUGAUUGGCUUGAUCUUUCCAAUAAAAAAUCUAUAAUAUCUCCAUCCAAACCUGGCUGUCGAUGGCUGGGUGCAGGUGUUUUCACAUUAUUUUUGAAGGAGUUAAACUAGCCCUACAUGUGCAUGUCAUCUGCUCCCAAAUACCGCUUCCUGUCUGUCUAACUGAUAUAUGACAUAGAAAUGAUCAACUGAUUAAUGACGAAAUGAUUCAUUGUUUUUGUAUUUACUUUCCGUGUACAAAUUUCUCAUUAAAAAAAAAAGUAUUCUUCCUCAAAUCUGAUUAAACCGUGUACUAUACAGAUGUAACUCAAUAACUGCGCUUUUCUGUUCUCAUUCUCAUGUUUUGAUCUGUACGAGUUGAAUUGGACCGUUGUUAAUAAAAUUGAUCUGAUGGUUUGUA